AUGCGGCUCCAUCCCGGAACACUUAGGUCGACCUUCUGCGGCAUAUUCGGCAGCGUCGGCGCAGCCGAGUCCACUGGCGAGCUCAAGUCGGGCUCGCGGAACCUGUGGUUCAUCAUGUUCACCAAUACCAUGAUUGACUGGGGAUUCGUAAUUGGCGCGUUUGUACCAUAUGUAGUCGCCGCCGCCUGCCGCAACGGCCAUUACAGCACCGUCUGGCGGACCAGCUUGGGCAUUGGCGUGGUCUUCCCCAUAUUUCUCUUCGUCCUCCGCCUAUUCGUGAAAGAGCCCGAAGCCUCCACUAAAAACUCCAUGCGCUAUGCAAAGACACCCUACCUGCUCUCACUCAAGAUGUACGGCUGGCGCCUCUUUGUUGUCAGCUUGAUCUGGUUCAUCUACGAUUUCUCGGCCUACUCUUUCGGAAUAUACUCGUCCACCAUUCUGACCACCCUCUACGGAGACACGGCCCCCCUUACCACGGUUUUCGGCUGGAAUACGGUCAUCAACCUAUUCUACAUCCCGGGCACCAUGCUUGGCGCCCCUGCCUCUGACUGGCUGGGCCCGCGGUACGCACUGGCUCUCGGUGUCUUCCUACAGGCUAUCAUCGGCUUCGUUAUGGCUGGCGACUACUUCAACCUCGCCCAACCCGGAAUGGUCGGCGGCUUUGUCGUCGUCUACGGGGUCUUCCUCGCACUUGGCGAAUUCGGGCCCGGAAACAACAUCGGCCUGCUCGCGGCAAAGACCUGCGCUACUGGCAUCCGCGGAAAAUACUACGGCGUCGCCGCAGCGAUUGGGAAGAUUGGCGCUUUUGUCGGCACCUGGGUCUUCCCGUACAUCCAGGCGGCCGGCGGCGACGACGAGGUUGCCUCGGCCCAGUACCCUUUCUGGGUUUCCUCGUCGCUGUGUGUACUGUCCGCUGCCCUCGCACUAUUCUGCCUACCGCACAUCGGCCAGGACACUAUCCAGCUCGAAGAUGCACGCUUUCGGGCUUACCUGGAGGCGAACGGCUAUGACACUCGCCAGCUCGGUAUGAAUAAGGGACAGGUUUUUGAGAGCACUGAUGCCGAAAUUCCGACGGAGGGUCUAGCUGAGCCCGUGAAGGGCGAGAAGACGGCAGCUUAA